AAAGGCAGUGACAAACUCAGAGGUUUAGAUAAAGGUGCACAUCUGACGAGAGAAGGCAGCUACGUAAGUCAAAUCCAGAGAAGCUUGAUGCAGCAGAGAUUUAAAAUGCUUCUGACAAUUCUGAUACCGCUCCUGCUCAUCGGCUCAGCAAGUGCUCAGACCACAGCUGCUACCACCAAAGCAGCUACCACUGGCGCAGCUACCACCGGCGCUGCCACAACUGCAGCAGCCACGACAGCCGCAGCCACGACAGCCGCAGCCUCGACAGCCGCAGCCUCAACAGCCGCAGCCACCACUGGCGUAGAGACAACAAUGGCGUUAACGACAAACUCAACAAACGCCACCAACACUGCUGCUGCCGCCGCUGCACAUCCUGGGAUCACGUUCAUGGCCAGUCUGGCUGUGUGUCACUUCACUGUUGUUUUCUACAGGUUCAUCUUUACACUAUAACCUAGCUGAUGUGCUUUAUCUGUUUUUACAGUUAUUGUUACCCAUUGAGAAAUGUAACUUCUAAUAUAUGUCACAAUAUACAACCUAAUAAUCAUGUUAUGAGGCACUUGUGUUGAUAGGUUUAGAAGAUCUAGAUGAUCCAGUGCUUCCAAAUGUUAAUAAUAUUGAUAAAGUUUUGGUAGAAAUCUGAAUAUCUGGGUUUGUGUCAUCACCUCUAAUGUUGAUUUGUUUUCCGUUGCUUAAAAGUUAUGUCAGAAUCAAGACUCAUGCGACUAGUUUGGCCCAUAAUAUCCAUAAUAUAUGACAGCUCAUUGCCUCUGAUUGAACUCACCUGAAAACGUGUUGUCUGUAUGUGUUUUGGAAAGUUCUUUAUUCCUUUAUUUUACCCGGUGAAGGUCUGAGGACUGAAAUGUUGUGUAUUUAAAUAAAGAAUAU